AUGGCGAAGAUCGGUGACGGCAGCAAGGCUGUUGCCGCCGACGGCGACGACGACAACGAGAAGCUGGUGGUGCAGCAAGUGAAGGAGGCGGGGGUGACACUACGUUACCCCAUGCUUCUGGAGAACAACUACGGCGUGUGGGCAGUGAAGAUGAAGAUCUUCAUGCGCGCACAAGGUGUGUGGGCGGCUGUGGAGAGCAAAGGUCCGGUUGAUGAGAAGAUGGACCAAAUGGCUCUCGCCGCCAUUGUCCAAACUGUGCCGGAGGCCGUGGUGAUGGCCAUUUCUGAGGAGGAGACGCGAAGAAGGCGUGGCAAGCUCUCGAGGAGAUGCACGUCGGUGAAGAGCGCGUCAAGAAGGCCCGAGUACAAACCCUCAAGAGGGAGCUUGCUGGUCACCACAAUCGUGAACGAGAUUCGCUCUCUCGGCACGAAAGUGGAGGAGAUCACAGUCGUCGAGAAGCUCCUGCAUUCUGUCCCCGACAAGUUCCGACCCCUCAUCAGCACCAUUGAGCAAUGGGGGGAUGCGGAGGAAAUGUCGGUGACGGAGACGAUUGGGCGCUUGAGGGCGUUCGAGGAGUCCUCAAAGGGGCGGCGUCGUGAUAAGGAGGUGGAGCAGCAGCUGUUGGCCGCGUGUGCUGAGCCACGGCUGACGCGUGCGGAGUGGGAGGCCAAGGUCGCUCAAGAGAAAAUGAGCAACGAUUGCUCCAGCAGCAACGGCAACAAGACCGGUGAGAAGAAGUACCGCGGCAAGUUCGACAAGUCCAAGAUCGACUGCCGCAACUGUGGUGAGUUCGGACACUUCGCCGAUGAGUGUCCUGUGGAGAAGAAAGUGCUGAAGGGUGUGGCGCAACUCGCUAUGGCAGAUGCUGACGAUGAGCCCACACUGCUGUGA